ACUCAUCCAAGAAAGUGAAUAUUACUUAAAAACAAAAAAAAAUCUUCGUGAUUCAGCUAUUGCAUCUACAAGCAAUGGCAUUUCAUCGCGGCCAUUCACUUUUUCUCUUCUUGCUCAUCACCAUGUCAUCUAUAACGAACCAUGCAGAGGCACGCCAUCUCCUAGAGUCAGCCGUGCCUGAGGUUCCCAAGCCCGAAAUCCCAUCUCUACCGAAGCCGGAGCUACCUCCACUACCCAAGCCUGAGUUGCCAUCGUUGCCUAAACCUGAGAUUCCAACACUGCCAAAACCUGAAAUCCCAGUACUGCCUAAGCCCCAGUUUCCAACACUGCCUAAGCCUGAGAUUCCAACACUGCCAAAGCCCGAGCUUCCAACACUGCCAAAACUAGAGGUACCUGUGUUGCCAAACCCCGAACUUCCAACACUACCCAAGCCAGAGGUACCGACAUUGCCUAAGCCAACACUCGAAAAAGCUGAAACGCCAAAGCCUACUCUUCCUGAAAUACCAAAGCCUCAAAUGCCAGAGCUACCAAAACUUCCCGAAUUGCCAAAACCUGAGAUCCCUGCUGUCCCUAAGCCUGAGGAACCAACUUUGCCAAAACCCGAGGUCCCAACUUUGCCUAAGCCUGAGGUUCCAACAGUGCCGAAACCCGAGGUCCCAACUUCGCCUAAGCCUGAGGUUCCAACAGUGCCGAAACCCGAGGUCCCAACUUCGCCUAAGCCUGAGGUUCCAAUAGUGCCAAAUCCCGAACUUCCAACACUACCCAAACCAGAGGUACCGACAUUGCCUAAGCCAACACUGGAAAAAGCUGAAACACCAAAGCCUACUCUACCUGAAAUACCAAAGCCUCAAGUUCCAGAAUUGCCAAAACCAACGGUUCCAGAGCUACCAAAGCUCCCUGAAUUACCAAAACCUGAGGUCCCAACUCUCCCUAAGCCUGAGGUACCAACAGUGCCAAAACCUCAAAUGCCAGAGCUACCAAAACUCCCAGAAUUGCCAAAGCCCGACGUUCCAGCUGUCCCUAAGACUGAGGUUCCAGCAUUGCCAAAACCCGAGGUCCCGACUCUACCGAAGCCAGAAAUGCCAAAGUUGCCUGAACUUCCAAAGAUUCCAGAACUGCCUAAACCAUCUUUGCCCGAAGGACCCAAAUCCCGUUGAUUUGCGUCGACAUAGGAACAUGACACCGGGAUGAAUCAAGUUUCAGAGAUAGACCUUAUUGUGGAGGGAUGUGUACUUCUAGAAUGAUCGAUUCAUGUAGUUGUUGUUGUCUUGUUUUCUUAUUGCUUUCCAAUUUGUCCUCUUAUUAUAUGUAAGCUUGCUUGUAUGUUCUGGGUGUAUAAUGUCAUUUAAUAUAUAAAUUCGUGAUUGAUUGAGGUUUGCAUGAUUA